GGCAACAAAGAAGUGUGUAUUUACGCUUUAUUAUAAUAGUAUAGAUAAGUGAUAAAUAAACAUUUUGUAUUAAGAUAAGAAAUGAUAGAUGUUGGACAUUAUCGACGAAUAUUAAAAAACAUACAACACAAAGGAAGGAAGUACUCACUUCAAAAUUAGCCCGUUGUAUUGUCUCACUUCGCCCCUUAUCUUUUUAAAUACAUUUUUUAAUGUUGCACUGCGAAAUAUCUAAUUCUAUAUCUUAAAUAUAUUCCUUUUUUCUAAGUCAACAUACGUUUUUAAUGAAAUUAGAAAUAUAUCAUCAUCAUCCCCCAGUCCUUAUCCUACAACCGUAGGGUCAGUGCAACAGGUUUUCAUCCUCUAGGUUAAUCUAUCUUCCGUCAUCUCAGUUGUCAUUUCCCUUUCUUGAUCAUGUCACCUUUCACGCAAUCUAUCCAUCUCUUUCUAGGACUACCUCUACUUGAGCAGCUCCCUACUAAUAAAUAAAGUUCUUCUCGUUACAAAUGAUUUAUCCUCAUAACAUACACAUACAAUGCAAAUCUAUUACUUGUGAACACACUCUGUGUAACAGGCCGAUAUCGGCCUGACGCUGUACUUUAGCUGGUGCGGCCAAAGAAAACAAUGUCCCUCUCGCUAGUGCGGAACGAUUAUAUCAGGUAUAUACAUUGAUUACAUUAAAUCUAUACAUUAUGUUUCCACAAAGUUAUAGCAAUUUCAUAUAUCCCAGUGCUGGUAGGUCUAGAAAGACCUGCCAGCAACUGGCGGAAAUAUCAUUGGGGGCGCAUUUUGUCCUGCCAACGCACCAAAUGAAGAAUUAUAAUUUAACUUGCCGCAGUAAACGUAUUAAUUACUCUACCACUGCGGCUAUUUUUAGACUUAAAUUUACGUAUAUUUCUGAAAAAUUUCAUCAACCUAAUUUAUCAAUCGAAUUAAAAGCAAUUGGACGAUAGUAUCUUUUAUCUCAGUGAUUUGCUUCUGGUGAGAUAAUAUCCAAUACGGAAAUACCUGUAUGAGGACAUUAUUGUGAUCCUUAUCAAUCUUUUUGACAAAACGGAAACAACGAUAUGUUUUUGUGCAUGUGUUUGGACAGUGGAAACUCGAUAUUCAAAUAUAUUUCUGUGCGUGCGUUCACGGUUUUAUCAAGGUUGAACUUGUGAAUUAUUCGUUACACUGUUUGUUGAACCAUCGUGGGACUUUGACGUGAAAUAUUUGUGUGGCUUUGAUAGUAAAUCAUUAUAAUAAGUAUGCAGACACAAUUAAGACCAAUUCUAAACACUGUUAGGGUUUUUAAUAAUGCAAGGUACAUCACAACUGUGAACAAUGUAAUACCCAAUACCACCGAAUCAACGCAGCCGCUGAAGUCAUGGGACGAAAUUCCCGGCCCCACCAAGUUGCCAAUCAUAUCGUUUUUUCAUCAUUUCCUUCCAAUGGGUGCGUUGUAUAAAGCUGAAGGGUUCGAAUUAUUUGAUAGGUUAUACAAAAUAUAUGGACCAAUAGUUAAAUUUCCUGGACUGUUUGGAUCACCAGAUAUAAUAAUUAUAUAUGACGCAGAGACCAUGGCUUAUAUUUUGCGAAGUGAAAAUUUGACGCCAAAGCGACCAGGAUUUCAAUCAUUAGAACAUUACAGAAAUGAAUAUAAGAAAAAAAUUGGUAAAGUAACACACGAGGUGACAAGUCUAAUAACAGAUCACGAGGAAAAAUGGAAGACUCUAAGAUCCGCAGUCAAUCCGGUUUUACUUCAACCUAAGACUAUAAAGCUGUAUACAGAUAUAUUAGAUGACGUAGCUAAAGAUAUGAUAAAAAGGAUGAGAUUGAUUCGCGAUGAAAACAAUAUGUUGAAAGGUGAUUUUAGCAAUGAAAUAAACUUGUGGGCUUUGGAGUCAAUCGGUGUGGUGGCGCUUGGUGGUCGACUCAAUUGCUUCGACCCCAAUCUACCCGCAGAUUCCCCCGUAAGGAAGCUCAUUCAAAUUGUACAUGACUUUUUCACCAUAGCAGAUAAAUUAGAUUUCAAACCGAGUCUUUGGAGAAUAUUUCCAACCAAAGCUUACAAGAAGGCAAUGAAAUUAUAUGAAGAUCAAGAAAAUUUGAACAAAUACUUCGUUCAACAAGCAACUGAGGUGUUAAAAACUAAAAAAGUGGAUGAAGUAUCGGAACACGAGAAAGGAAUUUUAGAGAAAUUACUUGAAAUAAAUGAACAUUAUGCUUACUUAAUGGCUAGUGAUUUUUUAUUUGCUGGCGUGGAUACGGCAGCCAAUACGGUAAUACCAACAUUUUAUUUAUUAGCAAAAAAUCCGGAGAAGCAAAAUAAGUUGAGAGAAGAGAUAUUGUCAGGUUCAGAAAAGAGACCAUAUUUGAAGGCUUGUAUAAAGGAAACAAUGAGAAUGAUGCCAGUACUAUCUGCAAAUUUGAGGCUAACAACUAAGGAGUACAACCUCCUUGGUUACCAUAUACCAAAGAAUUCCCUUUUGACCCUUGCCAAUCAAUGCGCUUCGAUGAUGGAGUGUCACUAUCCAAGACCGAACGAAUACAUUCCGGAGCGAUGGUUGGUAGAAAAAGAAGAUCCACUAUAUCACGGGAACGCACACCCAUUUGCAUUCAUGCCUUUUGGGUUUGGAACUCGAAGCUGUGUUGGUCGUCGCAUAGCUGAGUUGGAGAUGGAAAUUUUCGUCGCUCGAGUCGUUGAAAACUUCCAAAUUGAUUGGUUCGGUGCACCAUUAAAGCAGUAUCAGAGCACAUUGAAUUAUGUAAAAGGGCCCUUUAAUUUUACCUUUAAAGAUAUUUAAUAUUCAAUAAUAUGACUUUUGUUAAAUAAAAGUGACAACCACUCGUUCUUUUUUAUUUGUGUUCAAAAUGUAUAGGUGUUAAGGGAAAUAAAACAAUUUUUUAUACAAUACUGAUUACAUAUUCUCAUUUACUAAAUAAUAAAUGAAAAAUGAAAAUACAUUGUAUUAAAGAACUAGUAACAAAGUAUAGGACAACAUUGAUAACAUUAUAAUAACAAGAUACCUUGAAUUCUUAAAUUAACAGGGGAUCGAACUCGAAAGCAAGACAACCAAAUCAACAUUCAUUAAUAUUAUUGAAACAAAUACAAUUGUGUUAAAUUCAACAAUUAGUAUGAAAUAUGAAUUAGAAAUAAAUGUUGAUGUUUUUUUAGUGUACAAUUAUUACACGUCUACAUAUA